AUGAAAUUCGUCAUUGUAUUCGCUGCUCUCUUGGCCGUAGCUUUGGCUCGUCCUGAUGCUGAAAUUACUCGCCUCGAUUCUGAUGUUCAACCUGAAGGAUUCAAAUUCGGCGUUUCUACUAGUGACGGAUUCACUCAUGAUGCUGAAGGUCAACUCUUGAACAUUGGCAGUGAUCACGAAGAAAUCUCAGUUAAAGGCUCAUACAGCUUCGUUGGUGAUGAUGGCCAAACCUACACUGUUAACUAUAUUGCUGAUGCCAAUGGUUUCCAACCACAAGGUGCUCAUUUACCAGUUGCUCCAGAAACGAAUAACAUAAAUCAACAAAAUGAAAUUCAUCAUCGUCUUAGCCGCUCUCUUCACUGUCGCUUUGGCGCGUCCAGCUAUGAGACCAGCGAUGGUACAUCACACAGCGAAGAUGGUACAUUGAAGGAUGCUGGCACUGACCAUGAAGCUAUUGUUGUACACGGUACAUUCUCUUGGGUUGAUAAGGAUGGCCAAAAAUAUACUGUCAAUUACGUAGCUGAUGAAAAUGGUUUCCAACCAGAAGAGCAUCCAUUAAGUAGUGAACUUUCAAAGGAACAACACAAAUCCAACAAAAUGAAAUUCGUCAUUGUUUUAGCCGCUCUCUUCGCUGUAGCGUUGGCUCGUCCCAACGAUGUUGAAAUCUUGAAGUUGGAAUCUGAUGUGCAACCAGAAUCCUACAACUAUGUUCUUGAGACCAGUGAUGGUACAUCAAAGGUUGAAGAUGGUAAAUUGAAGGAUGUUGGCACUGAUCACGAAGCUAUUGUUGUUCAUGGAUCAUACUCCUGGGUAGCUAAGGAUGGCCAAAAAUACACAGUCACCUAUGUUGCUGAUGAAAACGGUUUCCAACCAUCCGGUGCUCAUUUACCAGUUGCUUAA